AUGGUUGCUGUCGUCCAGAAACCUGCUCCUCCAUUCAAAGCCACGGCCGUCGUUGAGGGCCUAUUCAAGGACAUCGCGCUCUCUGAUUUCCAGGGACAAUGGGUGAUCCUAUUCUUUUAUCCCAUGGACUUUACUUUCGUUUGUCCUACUGAAAUUCUUGCCUUCAAUGACGCACUCCCUCAGUUCAAGGAACUCGGUGCUGUGGUCCUUGGUGUCUCCACUGAUUCACAAUACUCCCACUUUGCCUGGGCCCAACAGCCUAGGAAGCAAGGUGGCCUCGGACCCGAUCUUAGCCUCCCCCUUAUAGCAGAUAGGAACAUGCAAAUCUCACGCGAGUACGGUGUAUUGAUCGAGGAAGAUGGUAUUGCUCUUCGCGGCCUUUUCAUCAUCGACCCCAAGGGUGUUGUCAGGCAAAUCACCAUCAACGACCUGCCUGUCGGCCGCUCUGUUGACGAGACCCUUCGGCUCUUGAAGGCCUUCCAGUUUGUAGAGAAGCACGGCGAAGUCUGUCCAUUGGGCUGGACUGAAGGAUCGAGGACAAUCAAGCCUGACCCCAAAGGCUCUCUGGAUUACUUCUCCGCCGUCGACAAUGAUAUUGGUAUGCAGGACGGCACCGCGAGGAAGCGAGCCCGUAAGGAUUAA